AUGCCCGAAUCCAUUCCAGUCGCAACAGCCGACACCCCUUCUCCCAGCGGAGAUGCAGGCGUAGGCUCUCCGAAGUCCCCAUUCAGUAAACACAUCCUGUUGACCACCUAUCCCGACCAAAACGGUGUUGAUCCCGUCCCGCUACAAUGGGGAGCCCCAGAUGCGAAGACGCGCGGUCCAAUCAUUGCCUCGCGUAACCUGUCACAGCUGAAGCGCCGCAAUGCAAUGGGUGCCCAUGGAGGCAGCUACAGCAUCUAUAACGCAUUAGCCAUCGCCGCCGGAGACUUGCCAACAGACUUCAAGCCCGAUUUCCGCAACACGGAACCUACUUUUGAAUUUCCGACCCAGCCGGCAUGGGGAGACCCGAAGAAGAUUGUCUCGCUAGAUCCAUUUGGCCACGAUGUCAUGAAGAAUUUCAGGGAGUACCUGGAUGUCGGCUGGGAUCUGCGGCCAUCCAUGGCGGUGACCCGAGCAAACAUGAGAUUGGCCGAGAUUGAAAAGGCCGUCAGCGAGGGGAAGCUCGAAGUUGACGGAUCAAUCGUAGUAGAUAAGAAUGGAGAUGUGCGAGUGACCAAGGUAGCGUGUGAGCCAGUUUGGUAUUUACCAGGUGUUGCCGAACGAUUCGGCGUUGAUGAAGGCACGCUGCGUCGCAUGCUCUUCGAACACACGGGAGGCAGCUAUCCAGAAUUGAUUACCCGACCAGAUCUAAAGGUUUUUCUCCCUCCUAUUGGAGGGCUGACAGUGUACAUUUUUGGUCCUCCAGAGCGGGUGUCUGACGAGAAUGUGCCACUUGCCCUGCGGAUUCACGAUGAAUGCAAUGGUAGUGAUGUCUUUCAAUCUGACAUCUGUACCUGCCGACCUUAUCUCGCCUUUGGAAUUCAAGAAGCUAUCAAGCAGGCGCAGAACGGAGGCAGUGGCGUCGUGAUAUAUUUCCGAAAGGAGGGACGAGCCCUAGGUGAGGUUGUAAAAUAUCUCGUCUACAAUGCUCGAAAACGCGGCGGCGAUACAGCAGACAAGUACUUCUUGCGAACUGAGAAUAUUGCCGGUGUUCGUGAUAUGCGUUUCCAAGCUCUCAUGCCAGACAUCCUUCACUGGCUCGGUAUAAAAAAGAUUGACCGAAUGCUCUCCAUGUCAAACAUGAAGUAUGACGCCAUUGUAGCUCAGGGUAUCAAGAUUCUCGAGCGAGUCCCGAUUCCAGACGACAUGAUUCCGCAAGAUUCCCGCGUUGAGAUCGAUGCCAAAAUCAACGCUGGCUAUUUCACAACAGGCAAGAAAUUUACAACAGAAGAACUGUCGCAGGUCAAGGGACGUGGCUGGGAGAAGUGGGAGGAUGUGACGGAUCCUAUGGGCAUCCUUUGA